CCAGGACUCCAACCUGAAGUCGAACCAGUAGCUCAGCCCGCAGAACAGCUUGGAAACCAACCCGACAUGCAGUUAGGGAUCGACCCCACCCGACAGCCCCAGCAUGCCGGUGAACUGGUAGUGGUACUUUCCAGCAGCAUCAGGCAACUUACCCUGUCAAAGUCUUGUCUAGAUGAGGAUUCCAUGGGACUUUUGGGACGUGCACUUCCUAAACUAGCCGUGCUUAGGCUUUUUGCUGAAUCCUACACUGGAUCAAAAAUGAGAUGCACUGGUUUUCCUGAACUGCGUAUCCUGAAACUGUGGAAACUGAAAAAUCUUGAGGAAGUGAUUGUGGAAUCAGGAGACAUGUCCAACCUUCACGAAAUGGAAAUUCGGGAAUGUCCAAUGAUGAAAAAAUUCCCCAGGGUGAAGCACUUGGGCAUGUUGAAGGAACUCACACUGACAAACGUGCUUGAGGAUCUAGUGAAAGAUGUCGAGAGAAAUCUGGAUAAUCAGAAUACAUAUUGCAGAAAAAACAAUGGAAAUGCUGCGUUUCUAAUUAAGGUUUCAUGAUCACUGAAUCCAAUGCGGCCAACCUUGAGAGCAGAUUCAUAUUCAAAAUGCAACGAAGGUGCAGCCCACUGAACCAUCGGUAUCUGGGGCAGUCAUUUUCGCAUUGAGAAAUGUGGUGGGAUUAAUGCCCUUGUGAUAUAUUCCUCCUGCCUUCCCCCCAUCUAAUUCUCCUUCUUCCCUUUUUCCAAGUGACUUGUGUAACGACCCCGUGUUGCCCAUGCAUUAUUUCCUUUGUUCUAGU